CGAGUCGGUUCACUCGCCGGCGGAGGAGGAGGAGGGAGAGGAGGAAGAGGAGGGGUCCGAUGAUCCUAGUCACAGUGCGGGUGCCGAUAAUGAUGGUGGCGGCGGCGGGGACCAGGAUGAAGAAGAAAAUGUUGUAAGCGGGCAAGGGCCUUCUGGUAAGGUUACUUUUAAAGUUAUUGAUGGUCAAUGGAAGGUUUCCCAUGCUGGAGAGGAUCGAAUGGACGAGAGAGAUGAUGAUAGCGAAGUGGAGGAUGUGGGUGGUGGUAGUGGUGGUAGUGGUGGUUCUGAUAACACGCCUAGUCUGUUGCCCGAUGGUUCAGAGGUUGAUUCAGCCUGGGGUGUACCUGGCGUUUUGCGCUUAAAGGAAAGCCCUGGAGAUGAACCAAAAGAGGCCACGGACGAUGGUUUUGUGUGUGUAAAGGGCUCAGUUGAGGACCAACCCUGCAUAGGUGUAGAACUCGAGUUUCUUCUGGCAAUGUGUCCGACGCACGACGAUGGAGAUGCACACCCGGCUGAAACACGCUAUCUGUCAAAAAGCCUCACAGGGUAUGACUACGACCAGCAUUUCGCCAAAGGCAGGUUGCAACAAUACGCUGUAAAUAGACUAUUAAGGGUACUGCGACGGGCGGGCUUACCGGCCCACGAACCUCAGGUUAUGGCCGGUCAUGGGCUUGACAUCACUGAGUCUGAAUUAAGUGACGAAGCGGUGGAUUGGCGGGAGGAAGUAACCGACUUCAAAAUCUUUGCACAGCAGGAGAGCAUAAGAACUAAUGCUGAAAACCAAGCCACCGCUGACAGAUUUUUUGAGGAAUGGAAAACCAAGUGCGCUUCUGCCGGUGCGCUGAUGAGAGCGAUGCCUACCAGCGAGAUAGAUGUCUUAUGUGAUGAAGUCGCUACACAACUUAGAGAUCCCAAUGGAUGGGACGACGAAGUGUACAUCGAGCAGGUCGUCGGUUUUUUCAAACAGAAAGUGACUGAAGAGAAGAAUAACCAGAAGAAGGAUCAUACCAAGGAGUUACGGACCGCAGAGGACCCCGAUUAUGUCCGGGCAAACGGUCUUAACAAGAGAUACAGGGCGUGGACUGCUGUACAAGAUGUUUCAGUCGACGGCAAUGGCAUGACUCCUAACCGCUAUAAUAUACCUAAUGACCGAGCAGGUCAAGUACCAAUGGAGAUCUAUCAGUGGUUUGGAGCAGAAGUUGUUAGCCCUGUUUUGCCGCAGGAUUCGGAGGUAACGGCCGAAAAAAUACGACAAGCUUGCGCUGCCCUUCGGAAUUAUUUCCGCAUCCACAAACCCAUGGAAGCUUCGACGGGACUUCAUGUUCAUUUCGGCCACAAGCACGGUUGGAACCUAUACGAAGUCAAGAGAUUCGCGUCGAUAUGGCUUCUAGUCGAAUCGACCCUCAUACAUUGCCAUACAAAGGAUAGGGGCGCCGAGAGAAUGAAAAGAUGGUGCGCAAGGAUGAUCGAGGGUACCAAACUGGCACAAUGGCUUUUCGGUGAAAACGACGAACAAAGAAGAUUGAACGGAUGUGCCCCGAACGCAACACCAGCAGAAACGGCCAGAGGACUGGCAGCCUUGAACGAAAAUGUUGUACUGGAUGCCCUCACUCCACAACAAAGAGAAUUCCUCGAGAAUGUUUGGACCUAUCCAUCGCUUCUCGAGAUAUAUGAUGCACUAUGGGGUGCUUCGGGAUUAUAUGAGGAAGGAGAAAUCACUUCAGGGGCGCGAAUACGCAUAACGGGCGAGAAGAGGUCCAGAGCUGCAGACGAGGUAGAGCAUCAGACUAUAGAGAUUAGAACCAUGCACGGGACGGUUGAUGCUAACCACAUAAACCAUUGGAUCGUCAUCUUACGGCGCAUUAUGCAUUACGUGCGCAACAGCAGCGCAGAGGAAUUUAGGGAUAUGCUUCUCGCCGUGUGCCAGCGUACGCAACAAAAUCUUACCUCGGACGGCUCCGAUCUGUGGGUGCUCCUGCAGAUCCUUGAAGUGCCGGAGGACACACGUCACUUCUACGCGCACCCUUAUAAUAGGGGCUUUGAUACUACGUCGGGAGCACAAUGGUUCGUGUAUCCCGAUAGAGACCGGGUGGAUUGGGCGGAUCCAUUCGUAGUAAGAGGCCACGGCGCAACGCACGGCAACCAGUAUGACGAGUUGGCACCGUACCCGUAGAUGUACACGGACAAGUAUGGAUUCACAGAUGUAGGAUAUAUGUAGUGAGAAUGCUGUUGAUAAUACCUGGAUACAUAUAGGUGUCUGUAUAAAUAUAAUUGUUAUUAUUAGUAGAUAGGUAUCUGUAGAAUGAAGGGGGAUAAAAUGUUGUAUUGUUGAAGUUAUGUUGGUACCUAGGUAUAUAUCGAAGCACUACAAAGC